UGCUUGUUGACAUAUUUCAAAACACCUGAUAAGAAAACUGUUGAAAAAAUAGGUAAAACGAUUAUAUUCUACUUCCUUGUCAGAAUAUCAAACGGUUUUCUUUAUUUUAUUUCAGUACAACAACAUUGGGAAACUCAAAAUGAUUUGGCAGUUACUUACAUUUGUAUUUUCUACAUUUUUAUAUGGAGUAUGUACCGGUGUAGAAUUUGAGCCAUGCUUCCCUGCAGUUAAAAAUGAACCUUGCAACAUGACUUGCAUAGUUCCUGACUUUACGGAAGUGGUUGAAUUUCAAUGCAAUGGAUCAUCUAGAGGAGCAUGCACUAUAUUUGGUUGUUCCCCAAAUAUUAUCAAAGAAGGGGGUAAUACAGUCAUUCUUCAAAUACCUUCCCUGUCGUACACCAAUGAUGCUUGUGAAUGGACUUGUACAUAUGGAGCAACUUCAUCACCAGCAACAAAAUUAAUAAUCUACAGUGGAAUCUCGGAUAACAUAAACUUAUCAGGUCGAAAACAUGCAAAUGGGGUGAGAUUGACUGCAACAGCAGACUGUCUAUAUCCAUAUAAUCCUAUGGUGAAUGUCCAAUACAGAGAGCAGACUGGUGGACAGUUUGGUUCCCUUAACCUACAAAUUAGUCUUCAGAGUUCCACUUCACCAGGUGCUUGUAAUUAUAGUAUCGAGAAAAGAGUAACUGCAACAGCUGAUGUGUCUGGCAUCCCGCCCGUUUUGAAAGGGAAAAUCGUUUUCUUUAGGAUGACAUAUGCACAGUACCCGUCAGCCAGAUCUACUAGUAGUAAUGAAGUGGGACCAUUCAGCUUUUGAAGUGAAAUUCAGUUUGACUUUUAACCAUGGAUAUGUACAUGUAGUUUGUGUUAAAACAUGGUGCCUUCAUUUACACUUUUAAUGUAUAUCAUUUGCACAAUGUCUGCAAAAGGCAUAUUCAACGUAUGUUUUGUAUACAAACGGUGACGAAAAAAAGCUUUUAUUUUCCGCGGUUUCUUAACCAGUUUACAAGUUGUUGCUAUAUAAGACAAAUAUGUAUGUUUAUAAAAUAAUUUACUUCAA